AGUUGUGCGUUGUCUGCACCAGGUGAGCGGCUUCACCCAGUGGCUGUCGACGCAGCUGCAACGGUACGCGAUGAGCCAGCUGGUGAUGCAGUUCGUCUUGGCCCUGUGCUCGUCCCUGCUCACCGAGUUGGUCAGCAACACGUCAGCCGUCUCCGUCCUUCUCCCGGUGGCCGUCGACAUUGCGGUGACAACCCCGUGCAAUCCGCUCUACUUCGCAAUACCGGUGACAGUGGCCGCCUCCACGUCCCUCGUGCUGCCUACCUCGGGAGUCAGCCUUGCCGUGCUGACAAACCUCGUCGACAUCGGACCUGUGCAGUUGCUGGUCUUGGGUUUGUCACUGAAGUUCGUCGCUCUCAUCAUGAUCCUGCUCACGGUGAACCUGAACACGGACUUUCACCGACUGCCGCAAUGGAUAUUCACUGAGCGCCGGAACCAAACGGCCACCACUAUAUUUUAGAAGCCAUCCCGACACUCGUGUUUGUCGACUCCGCUGUUCCGCAUCUUCUUGUUUGGUUAUUGACGUCUGCGAAAGUGAUCUUUGUGUUUAGGCAGAGUAGAAGUGGAUGUGGUUUCGUUAGCGCUGCAUCUAUAAGUUUUGUGUUACUAUAGAUGCCGCAACGUGAAGAUGCACAUACCCAUGGCUUGUGCAUUAAGAAAUGUGGUUUGCAAUCCACGCCUCAGAGUCUUCUGAAACGUUCCUAAAAGACCAAUAGGGAAGCCCACUGAACGGAUGUAAACAAGCAUACCGGCGACAGUUCGGAGCUACAUGAAAAAAAAAAUGCUUGGGGAGGGCAGUGUGGACUUGAUAUUCACAGCUAAGACUCCCGCAUAUGCGAGUUCCUUAAUUUAAUUUUGGAACCCGCAGAAGUAAACGAGACUGCCAUCUGUGAAAGAUAGCAUACUUGUAGACCUUCAGGUCGAUUUAUUGGUGCGGGGAACAUUACUUGCGCAAGAAAAUUAAUAUAGAGAAUCUUGUAAUUAUCGGAUAUCACUAAUGGACUUUCUGUUUACCUUAUCGUACAUACUGCAAUUUACAAUGGCAGCUAGUGAGUUUGAGUUAGCAAGGCGCACCCACUUCAAUGUGAGUCUGUCACCCCAUAUAACUAAAAUUAGGCCGCAUCUUCCCGAUUGUGAACUACAUGCCGAUCUGAGAUCCCUAUAGUAAAUCCUCGCUGGACUUGAUAGAAGGGAACAGCAGAUUUAUGUAAAUAUAAGACGCUUAAGCAAUUUAGCUUCUCGAUGGGCACCUUUGAAAACAACAAGGAAAUCACAUACACAGACCUAGUUUUGCGUGAUCACAGAGCUUGUAACGCCCCUCGAUAGAUGACGAGCUGGGAUGCGCAAAACGUAAUUAUUGUUGCAGUAAUUACCACCUUUCAUUUUUACUCAUAUGCUCGCGCUCAAUCGCUUCGUCUUUUGAACUUCAGUUACAAGGUGAAGUAGUGACCGAGUAUACUAAAGCUGCGUUAA